AGAAGGGGAUGCCUCGUCUCGUGACGUCGCCACGCGCUGCCAAAGCGCUCAGAGAGAGAGACAGACAGUGAGCACAGAGAAUGAGACGAGCUGAGGACACGCUGCGUGGACAAGCUCUUAUCUAGGACAGCGCCAUGCUCAGUCUACUGCGCCCCCUACUGGCCGUCUGCUGGUACACGCUGCUGCUGCUGCUGCCCGGCGGUCAGUGCUGGAUCCGCAGAUACAACAACGGCUUUCACUACCAGGACAUCAGCAACGGCAACGGCAACGGAGAGAUCUAUUUCAAUGGGAUUCGUCUCCAUGUGGAAUCUCCGCUGCCUUCAGUUUCAGCCUCCAGGGGGAGCAGUGUUACCCUGCCCUGUCACUACCACUACGAGCCCGAGGUUGCCACACCACGCAGGACUCGGGUCAAGUGGUCCUGGCUGCCCUCCCAGACCAUUGCUGCACCUGCUUCCCCAGAAGCCCUGGCCAGGGAAACCGAGGUGAUGGUUGCCAUGGGCAACCGCCAACGCAGCUAUGGCAACUUCCGGGGCCGUGUGCGCCUGAGACGCUCAGCACCUGGGGACAUGUCUCUGGUGAUCAAUGAGCUGCAACUGAACGACACAGGACGAUACCGCUGCGAGGUCAUCGAUGGUCUGGAGGAUGAGAGUGUGACCGUGGAGCUGGAGCUGCGAGGUGUGGUGUUUCCCUACCACUCUCCGAAAGGGCGCUACCGCUUUAACUUCUUUGGGGCCCAACAAGCGUGCCAGGAUCAGGACGCCACUCUGGCUACAUUUGAGCAGCUCUUCACUGCGUGGGAGGAGGGACUAGACUGGUGUAAUGCCGGUUGGUUGGCUGAUGGCACCGUGCACUACCCCAUCACAAUGCCACGUGAUGGCUGUGGGGGCGUGGACUUAGCUCCUGGUGUGCGAAGCUAUGGUCAACGUCAUGGCUUUCUCCACAGCUAUGAUGCUUUCUGCUUCUCUGCCUCUAUUAAGGGGAGCAUAUACUUCUUAAAGCACCCGACCAACCUCAACUUCACCGAAGCAGUCCAGGCGUGUGCCGUGGAUGGAAGUCAGAUUGCCAAAGUAGGCCAGCUGUAUGCUGCGUGGAGGCUGUUGGGGUUUGACCGCUGCGAUGCCGGCUGGCUGGCUGACGGGAGUGUGCGUUAUCCAAUCACAAAAGUGCGGGCUAACUGUGGCCCUCCUGAACCAGGGGUGCGUAGUUUUGGGUUCCCACCUAUGUACCUAAAGUUUGGUGUCUACUGUUACCGGUAGACGUCCUGAGACAACACAAGACAGAAACAAACCACUCUGACAGCACACUGGGUCAAAGCUUUGCUCAGCAGGUUAGCAUUAGCUUUAGCCUGGAUGCAAAUUAGCAGUUAGCCAGUUUGUUCAUUUUUGAGCUGUUUAAAAGUGAGACCACUUGGGUCAAAUCGCUCUCCACCUCCAUUAGACUGAAACUCAUGUCUCAGUAUUGAACUUAACUACUAGUCAACAACUGUUUUUGCACUAUUACUUAGUCAUGUCAACACUAUAUGGUCAGUUGCAUGUAGACACUACAAAACGACACCCAUUUCAAAGGUAGAGGGCAUUAAUAUGCUGCUGUAACAGCCUCCACUUUUUCAGGAAGACUUGGAUCCCAGCUGCAAGUAUUUGAUUCUUUCAGCCACAGAAGCAUUACUGAGGUCAACACUAAUGUUGGGUGAUAGUGCCAGACUUUUGCAGAAAAUGUUGGAUGAGGUUGAGGUCCAGGAUCUGUCAAGGGUAGUCAGAUUCUUCCAGAACAAAAAUUGUAAUUUUGAUCCUGUUUUGUACAAAGGGGUUAUUAUUUUAUGUUCACACUUUGCAGUAUAUACCACUGUUUCAAUUAUAUUAGUGGUACCAAUAGGUUUUUUCUUUAUUAAUGGUAAGUGGACAUAAUCUGUCAGUAAAAACAGCCUCUGGCCCAAAAAAACGUACAGUGAUGUCAGGUAUAGGUAUUAAAUUGAGCCAAAUGUACUUUACAUUUAUGGCAGCUGAUGUGAAAUUCGACUUUGACGCACCACUACCAGCACUGAUGUCUAAUUCACAGCUGAUUAAUUUCACCCUCAGGGAAGGUGUUUGGAUAUUUGUCAUAAAAACCUCUCCAUAUUCAUAAUAAUCCACACUGCUCUCCAGCCACAUCUCAGUGCUUCGCCUACCCUGUAUUUAUUCAGCCAUGACAUUUUAAUUGUGUUUUUCAGCAGUGCCCUCCUCCACAAUAUUUAAGUCUACCAGUGAAAAACAUUUACACAUUCAGUCAUGGGAGCUUCGUACUACAACCACAGACUUUUGGUUCAUGAACUCGAUUGUUGAGGGAGUGGGGAGUGUUUCUCAAUGUUUGUGUGUCAGAUCUUUUAUCUUCAACUUUUAUUUCCACCAUUUCUGUCUUUUUAACAGUGUGAAAUAUACUGCUGUGUCUUCAUCUUUAAAUGUCUACAUAUCCAAAUUUAUAAAAAAAUAUAAUGGA